AUGUUUGCGAAAAUGCACUACCCUCUGUCUUCAUCGUACACUUCGACCUCGCUAGCUGGCGAGUGCAAGAAAGCCGAGCGAAUCCUCGACUCGUUCAUCAACCCCGACCUUGUCUCACUUGACAAGCAAAUCCCGCGCAAAUUCCUCGAAAAUGCAAAGGGCCUCGUCAUAUUCAGCGUGUUUGAACUCGGCAUGAUGCGCUCCCUCCGCUUCGGCUCCGGCCUCGUCGUCGCCCGCCUGGCCAACGGCACCUGGUCCGCCCCCUCGGCGAUCGCCACCGGCAAACUCAGCUCGCGCGGGCAAUUCGGCCUCGAACACACCGAAUACGUCUACGUGCUCAACACCGACGCCGCCGUCGACCAGUUCCUACAGGCAAAGACAUUCACAUUAGGUUCCGGGGGCGUCUCCAUCGCCGUCGGACCGUUCGGACGCAGUGCGGAGCUCGCGGGCGAGUCGUACGAGGCGGAUAUCUUCGCGUACUGCAAGACGCGCACGGUGUUUGGUGGGUCGACGCUCGAGGGGGUUACGAUCGGGGAGCGCGUCGAUGCGAAUCGCAAGUUGUAUCAGAAGAGCGUGAGCCCGCGGCAGCUGCUCCAUGGGGAGGUGACGCUUCCCGCAGAGACCUAUCCGCUCAUGAAGAUCUUGCAUUCGCCGCUGUUACGGCCGGUCGCGAAGAGCGUGGCUGCGUCUGCGUCUGCAUCAGCGCCGGCAGCGGGUCUGGCCAUUAUUGUGACAAAAGCACCGCCAAUGUCUGUCGCGACAGAUGAACACUCUGCGCCAUCGCCAUCGCCAUCGCCAUAUCGCUCGCGCCGAUCCAUGUCUGCGUCCUCGCCCGUACAAAGUCGACGCCAGUCAUCCGCCUCGUCCUCGCCGCUGGAAGGCCCCCGGUUCUACGAACAGCGCAGGAUGACGAACCCACACCAGAUCACGAUAGAGAUUACCGAUUGCUCGAAUGUGGAGCUGCCGCGCAGUUUGACAGAGAGUCCAGAGGCCGAGAGCCCAGAGGCACGGAGCCCAGACGAGGCCGUGAGUCCAAUGACGGAACGGAGCUCGCUGGAUGGAGAGCCGGAUGGCCAGUCGGCGACACAUCCCGCUGUGCUCAAAGCCGGGAGACGCACCUGGAGUGGUCCCUCGACUGCGGAUUGGAGUCGGCAUGAUCCGUUGCAAUUUUGA